UUUUGUCAACCAAACAAGGCGUUAAUUUAUUUACAAAGCAUUUCUCCUCUAAACCCUAACUCUCGAUUACAAUUACUACUCUCUCAUCAUCGAGCUAACAUAUUCUGCAUUUCCACCCUCAAAUCACUUUCGCCGAAUUUGAGGAGCAGACAAGAAGAAACAGUUGCUUAGCUUGCGUAAUUUCAAGGGUUAAAACAUGGGUUGGACCAAGGAACAGCUUCUAGCUCGCUUGAAGGAGCUUGACCUUGAUUUUGAGCAAUACGAGCAUCCCGUCGUUCUAACUGUGGAAGCUGCUUUGAAAUACCUUGCUAAUAAGGAGGGUGCAUUUUGCAAAAAUUUGUUUCUUAAGGACAAAAAACACCGAUUUUACAUAGUUUCUGCUCUAGCAGAAACAAAAGUAGACAUGAAAGUUUUGUCAGUGAGGCUUGGUUUGGGAAAAGGAGGCUUAAGAAUGGCACCUGAAGAAGCCUUAGGGGAUGUACUUCAGGUACCAUUGGGUUGUGUAACUCCAUUUGCACUAGCGAAUGAAUCUGCGAGGCAUGUCGCUUUGUUAUUGGAUCAAGGGCUGAGAUCUCAGAAGCGCGUUAUGUUCCACCCAUUAUCAAAUGACAUGACAAUAGCUCUUUCUACUGUUGACCUGGACAAGUUUCUAAAAUCACUUGGAAGAGAUCUUGCAUAUGUUGAUCUUGAGGCUAAUCCUCCUGUUGGCAAGGAUCAACCUCCUGAUUUGGCUGCUUUUGCCCCAUCUGAUGCCAUAGUAUUGCCUGAAUCUACUGCUAAAUCAGCUUCCACAGAAGUUGCUCUUAAGAAUAGUCAAUCUGCAAAUAGUGGCCCUGUCACAGGAAAAUCUAUCAAGCAACCUGUUGAGGAAAAUAAGGUCAAGAAUAAAUCUGCAAAAGGUAAAACUGUAAAUGCAGUUACUAGAUCGACACCUUUUUCCAAUCCCGAGCUCUUUGUGAAUGAGAUAUUGGAUAAAACUUCUGCUCUCAUCUUUUCUGAGAUUAACAAGGAGACAAUAUCAAAGGAUGGAGAAGAUCUUGGAGCUGUAGCAUCUGAGAAUAUCCGAAAACGCCUUCACUCAGAGCUAAGCCACCUAGCUAUGCUUUUCAAAAAUACAGCUUAUACAGAAGGAUUUCAUGCUGGCACUCAUCUUCAUGGACCCCAUUUAUGAAGAGGUUUCUUUUUAUUCUUUGAGAGAAAUUUACCUCAGCUUGCAGCCAGCUACUGCUCCUUAAGGCUGGAACUGGCUGAUCUAUACAAUCCUCAUUCGUAACUGUUACGAAUAUUUAUGUGAAAUACAUUGAACACACUUUGAGAACGUGCAUCAUUGGAAUGAUGAUGAACACUUUUGAAUCCUAGGAGGCUCGGCAGAGUAACCAUUACUUGAUGGUUGAAAUUUGCAACUAUCCUGUGUUCAUUUUAAGAAAGGCUGAAGAGAACUCCUAAUUAAACGAAA